UAUUUCUAUCGCAUAAUUUAUUAUCUCUACAGUGUCGUUAACAGAAAUUCCUUUGUAGUUUAGUGGUUAAAAAAAAAUUGAGAUUUUAAAAAUUAACGAGUUAAUAGUCCGUACUGUCUGGUAAUACUAUAUAGCUACAUGAGGCUAACUUGCUUUGUUUUGCAACAGUUAUAGGAAAUGUUUCUACAUAAGUAGUAUAAGAUUAAUGUUACGAGCCCUGCGCGAUAUUUAUCGAUAGAGUGUUUGACUGGCUUGUCGGCUCGCUGGAGCAAGUUAAGCGGCGUUUCUCUGCAGUCCGGUGCAGAUAUUCCCAAAUAUGGUCAAUGUUCUAAAAGGAGUUCUUGUUGAGUGUGACCCUGCAAUGAAGCAGUUCCUCUUAUACUUGGAUGAAACCUCGGCCCUGGGGAAGAAAUUCAUCAUUCAGGACCUUGAUGACACGCAUGUCUUCAUUCUAGCAGAAGUGGUUCAAAUUCUUCAAGAGAAAGUAGGGGAACUGAUGGACCAGAACUCAUUUCCCAUUACCCAGAAGUAAAGGAAUGUGCUUUACAACGAAGGAAGAGCUCCUUUCAGAGAGCAUGGUUUUUUCAAGUGGCAAUCUUUAUGAUUUGUGGUUUGCACAGUAUACGAGCUCUGUGUCUCUCUAUUUCUGUAUUGAAUGCACUGUACCAUUUUGGUCAUCCUCAGUUGGAUAGUGCAUUUAAAUUAGUUUGUUUAAAAUGAAUUACGCAGUUGAAGUUUGGAAUAUAAAAUCAACUACCUUUUGUGGCUUUUUUUACAGCUACACACAAGCAUAAUGUUCAUUACUUGUCUGUACAUAUGUGUUAAAUGAAUUAAACACCCAAUGUUUUAA